AUAUAGUAAUACUUUUCCUCAGUAUUCUAUAAUCUAUAUUCUCUGACAACAUACCGACGCCGCGACUGCCGAGGAGGUUAUGUCCAGCGUUAUAUAUGGGUUAUUCCUUCGGUUAUCCCCUUGUUUAACCUAAACGAAUAUGUGAAAUUGACAACAUUAUAAACAGACAAUACUCGAAGAAUUGAGUAUAAAUGUUAGAGUAAAAUUAUAAGUCAAAGGCAGUACGAAGAGGAUAUCAAGAUAUCUGGAAUUCUGGUUAUAACGACAGGUAACUAGAUAAAAAAAUGGCAAACAGAACAGUAAAAGACGCCAAAUCCAUUAGGGGUACAAAUCCUCAGUAUUUGGUGGAGAAGAUCAUAAGAUCCAGAAUAUACGACAGUAAAUAUUGGAAGGAGGAAUGUUUUGCUUUAACUGCAGAACUUUUGGUCGACAAGGCCAUGGAAUUAAGGUUUAUAGGUGGCGUAUUUGGCGGAAACAUAAAACCCACACCGUUUCUCUGUCUUAUAUUAAAGAUGCUGCAAAUACAGCCAGAAAAAGAUAUCAUCGUUGAGUUUAUCAAAAACGAAGAAUUUAAGUAUGUCAGAGCCCUUGGUGCAUUUUACAUGCGACUGACAGGUACCUCACUAGACUGCUAUCGUUACUUGGAACCACUUUUGAACGAUUACCGAAAACUGAGAAAGCAGAACAGGCAAGGUCAGUUUGAAAUAAUUCACGUAGAUGAAUUUAUUGAUGACCUCCUAAGGGCAGAAAGAUGUUGCGAUAUCAUCCUGCCAAGAAUUCAAAAGAGACACGUUCUCGAGGAAAAUAAUGAAUUAGAGCCCAGGGUAUCCGCUCUAGAAGAUGAUAUAGACGAGAAUUUGGAAAGUUCGGAAGAUGAAGAAAUAGCUCCGAUAAUUGAACGUAAAAGAGUAGAUGAUUACAAGAGAGAUAGAGAACGGGAAAAGAGGCAUUCUCGAAAUGACAAGGAUAAAGCUAGAUCAAGAAGUAGAUCUAGAGACAGACGGGACAGAGAUCGGUAUAGAUCACACGAGAACAGACGAUCUCGUAAUGACAAAAAAUACCGCGAUAGAUCUAGAAGCAGAUCUCGAGAUAGAAGGGACCGAAGAAGAGACCGUGAUAGGCCCAGACAUUAAAACAAUUGCUUGCAAUAGCAGUUUUUCACAACAAGAAAUAUUUUCUACUUGACAAACUUUGUAAAGCCCUAUGGUGAAGUUUUUCGUGUGUAUUGUAUUGUACUAUCUAGUACUUUAUGGAAAGUCAGAACGUGUAUAUAAAUACGAACUUUAAAUAAUAAAACAGAUCUUUUGGAAAUUAA